UUCAAUUCAUCUAGUUCAGCACUUACAGUCUUGCUGAUUUAUACUUCUCAGCUGCAUUACACACUAAUAAUUUAUAGGAAAGAUGAAGGCUGACGUUACUGUACAAUGUAGGCCUAUCCUUUAUUAUUAUUAUUAUUAUUAUUAUUAUUAUUAUUAUUAUUUUAAAUUCAAACAUGUUUAAUGUUUAGUCUGACUUUAUUUAGCUCCAACUAUGACUAUGUUCCCAAACUAUUAAGCACACAAAGUUAUUUUAAAACCAUAUUAACAUGUUUAUCUGUGUUCAGCUCCAGAUAUGACCGUGCUUGGCGGAUGGCAUCAUCACCUAUCAGGAUGGUCUCAGGGUUCACAAUGAGUGGUGGUGGAGCCCUUGGUAUAAGUGGUCCAACCCCAGCCUGGGCAGGGUAUUUGGGAAAAUCCCAGGACAAGGACAAGUCUGUCCCAGCAGAGGCAUGUCCCUGGUGCGAAGCAAAGGGACUGACCGUCUCUCUACGGAGCUACAUCAUCAACCACGAGGAGACCAUCCGGCUCUGCCCAACCCCCACGUGUAUUUUCCCCCUGGUUAGCCGACCCCUGGAGGCUGUGUUGGCCAGCCUGUCCUCCACCCCUGCGUCCACCACACCUGACCAGAACCACUCCGGCCAGACCCCAUCUGCCCCAGAGAGCCCUGCGUUUCUGCCCCCCUCUGCCAAACGCCCCCGAACCGAAGAACCCAUUGAGGCCUGUUCUGUGGACACCAAUGGCACCAUACGCCCUGACCAGUCCUCGCAGGUUGAGGACACCAUUUCAAAGCCGAACGCUGUGGCUAAAGAUGAAGGAGAGGCACUGGUGAGUGACGAAGAUAACGACCGUGAAAUGGUGUGCACGUCACCCGAGGAGCUGAUCGCAGAACCGGUGACGAAGGCCGCUCAAGAACCCCAUCCUCGCGUCUCCACCACAGAGGAGCACUCUAAGGUUCCUUGUGUGGUGGUGGAACCGUCCGCGCUGCCUGCGGAGGAAUGUGCCAGCGCCGGUCCUCACUCGCUUCAGAGCCGGAGCAAUCAGAGUUGGCUGAGUUCCCUGCUGCUGGCUCUGGCCCAGUGCAGGACCCUCAGACUGUUGUCCUUGGGGCGGUGGCAGCGAGGCUCCCGUGUGAGGAAGCGCAAAAUUCCCACUCAGGACGCGUCGCCUGUGCUGGAUCUGUGCGCACGAUAUGAGAGCGCCUCCGAUCAUCAGAUGGAUAGAGAAGGCAACAGUCUCCGAAAUGCAGAGAAGCGGUUGACUGAUCUCAGAUCAUCCACCUUUCAGCUGCUGCAGCAUCCCCUUCAGCAGAGGCGAGAACUCAUGCGUCGGCCAGUGGAGGUUCCUGCUCUGGCUCUUCCAGUCCUUCUGGAGCUGGACAGCCAAGCUAAGGAGCUCUUCCAGCACAUGGUCCAGUGGGAGAGCCAGUGUCAGACCUGCGGCUGUAGCUCCAGCAGCAGCUGUACCAAUACUGCAUCAUCCUACGCAUAUCUGGUGUCUGAUUGGCAUCCGCUGAGUCCCCCUGUCCAAAUCACUUGCAGCCGUUGUCAGAGCAUCAACGAGAAGAAAAUUCUCCAAGAGAGGGUACCCCCAGUGUUUGCCGUGCACUUUGCCGACGGUUUCCCUCAGAACGAUGUCACCGCUUGCUCGUUUGGCUACGCAGAUGCCCAGUACGCUGCGACCGUGGUGAUCCAGCACAAGGCGAGCGAAGACCUCUUCAUCUCCUGGUCUCGCCAGACAGACGGGUCCUGGAUUGCGUAUGAAGAAUUCACAGAUCUAAGGGGCAUAUCUCACUCAAAAUUGGACAUGCCUACAAAGGAAAUCCACAUGGUCUUUUGGGAGGUUGAACCUGAAGACACACGGAAAACCACAACGCAAGAGACCUCGAUUGUUAUUCUUCCACCGACGGAAACCACUUCAGUUGAUAUUCCUCCACCGACAGAAAGCACUUCAGUUGAUAUUCCUCCGCCAAUGGAAACCACUUCAGUUGAUAUUCCUCCGCCGUUGGAAACCACUUCAGUUGAUAUUCCUCCGCCGUUGGAAACCACUUCAGUUGAUAUUCCUGCGCCGACGGAAACCAUUUCAGUUGAUAUUCCUCUGUUAACAGACUGCCAAGCAGAGGAGGAAGCUGUUGAAGAAAUUGUCCCGCCACAUGACCAGUCUCUCUCAACUCCACAUGAAGACACGUUUGUGUCAGCACUCAAGACGAGUGACCCCGGCGACAUCAGUCAGAUGGACACCUCUAUAGGUAGUGCCACACUGCUGGAUACCUUUGAGGGUCUGUCCCACAAUGACAUAGUCACACUCACUCUGGAGACAGAGAAGUUAGGACAACCUAAGGGCAAGAAUCAGAAGACACCCUUGGAGCCCCCUGCUGUCGGGGGCUCCAAGUUAACUAGUGAACCCUCAGUUCCUGAAGAGGCUCAGGUCACCGCAGUCUCUAGCCCUCCUGUAGUGAGGAGAAGCAGGAGGCUUGCCAGCAAACAGGUUGAGCGUAAGGACACGCAGAGCUCAAAACGGAACAACAGCACUGAACAAGGGGAGAACUCAGAGCCACGAGCAAAACCGUGUACGCCGGAGAAGCCAAAAAACACACCAGAAGAACUGAAAUCACAGCCAGCGGAUUGCUUAAUUUCUCCAACAAAGAUCAUGGCGCAGAACACGUCAACACUGCAGAACACCACACUGUUCAUCCCAGCUCACCAGAUGUUUGGAGAGAACUCUGCGGCACCUGGUACAACUCUGUAUAUACCAGUGGCAGGUGAAAUGGCCCAGAGUCUAACUUCGCAAAUCAUGAACCUGCCAAACUCUGCACUCUUGUCUGUUCCUUCAGAGAACCUUGAACAGCAAAUUCAAAUGACACACAACCAGUCACCAGAGACUCUAGAAGUGCAAGAAGCAACAACACCAGCUUCGUCCAAAAAGAAACCUGUACCUAGAAACCCACCUAAAAAGAAAAUGAAAGGACAAGUAUUAGUAUUUCAAAGCCCAGAGAAAACAGUUGCUCAGAACUCAGCACAGUCAACAGAAAUAGCUGUGCAAAACCCAGCAGGGCCUACAUCUGGGACAAAUCUGUCCCUUCGCACCCCAACAGUACAAAGUUCAGCGCAGUUGCUUCAAAUGUUAGAGUAUCCAACAUUUUCAGAAAGCCUGAACCCCCUUUCAAUGCAGACUCUAGCAUCGCAGAAUCAAAAUGUAAAAACCCCAAGCCUAGCAACACAAAACACCCAAGCAACCCACAUGCCUGCAGUGGAAACUUCAACAAGGAAAAACCCGCCACCACCACAAACCUUAGACGAUCUCCCACCAGACACUAUAAUCACAUUAAACCUAGACAUAGAAAUGGAUUCAACUGAACCGGGUCAGUUGCAACCACCAGAGAUUACCCUCCUGUCAACACUAAACACUCCCAGUGGGCAAGAUCCACUCAGGUCACCUUCAGCUAAUCAGAACCCUGAACCGAUGCCCCCUACUGAGCAGAAUAUGAAAGGGCAGACCCUAGUGAUACAGAGCACAACACCGCCAACAACAGUGAUUGUAAACCCAUCACCACAAACUUUAUCAAUACAGAAUCCAGCAACGCAACCCGCUGCAAUGGAUAACCCAAUUCCUCAAAGUCUAGUCCCAUUGAACCUGGAUAUGGAAAUGGAUUACAUGGAGCCAGAUGAACUACCUGAGGAGCCAGAGGUCAUCCUCCCAUCAAUUGUGAGUACCCAUCCUCAACAUCAUCCCCCUGCAACAGCGACUUUUCUAGAGACUCCACACUCCACACUUCUCCUUCCACUUUCUACCCAGUCUUCAUCCACAACUCGUGUGUCCCUCAAACGUGAGCCUUCUCCCCCUCAACCGUCUAAACAGCAGUCCAGUCUCCCAGUGCGACCUCAGCAGAAGAUUGCAAAGACAGUGACUCCCCCUAUAGUCAAACUGGAAAACGCAAAGGCAGCGGAACCCCCUAAAGUCAAACUGAAGCCUGACCUGAGCAACGCGCCUCCUGUCAAACCUCACAUGUUCACAGGUUUCAAGUUCCACCAAAAGGGGGCGCCCAGUAGUUCAUCAGGGCAGGAAGGUCCCGCCGGUGUGUUGGCAGGCCUUACCUCCAGGCACAACUCUGCAAAGCCCUCACCGACAAAUCCCUCACCACUCAGCGGUGCUUCCCAGAAAGCCCCUCUUGGAAAAAUGGCCCCCGCCAAGCCUGCUGCCGCAGCUCUUAAACCACGACCAGCAGCAGCAGCAGCGUUGUUGAAGAUCAAGAAGGACCCGGAGCAGGCGUCGGCGGCCGUUCUAGAGGACGUAAAGACGGCCGCUCUGAGGCUGAAGCUGCUGAGGAAGCUCAAGGCCAAGAAGAAGCAGCUGGCCGAGCUGGACCAGAUGCUGCGGCAUCGAGGCGUGGCGCCCCUGUCCUGCAGCGCACCGCCGAGCGUGGCGGCUUUCACCACCUCCACCGACACCAGCCCGCCGUCGUCCAGCUCGCAGGUAACGUCUCCUGGCACGCCGUCGACGCCGUCCACCGUGUCCUCGGACGGAGCGGACAUGCUGGACAUGUUGGUGAAUGGCGGAGGGGAUGCGCUUGGUCACUUGAUGGCUCCCAGUGCUCCGGUGAAAUCCCAGCAUGCUCCCAGCGUUCCGCUCAGCGCGCCCUCAACGUCAGCCCCAAGCGCCGACUUCCUGACUAUCGAUGACUUCCUGGAUGAUGUCAUCUUUGACACCAGUGUGACCGAGAAGGCGAUGGAAAACAAUGACUUUGACACGCUGGACAUGUUUCUUUGAGUCAGAGAUGUUCUGUUAUGCCUUGAAACCCUUGAAACUUAUAUCAGUGUCUCUUUCAUGAGCUAUGUAAAAAAAUAUUUAGGGUUUAGAAUGCAUUAAUGUGUAAAGUUUGGUUUAUUUAUGUUGUAAAGUUGGUCCAGAAAAAAUGGAAUUUGUAAUUCAAAUAAAAUAAUAUUUUUUUAGA